UCUGUCCGCCAUACUGCUCUAACCUAUAGCCUUUUAAUUUAAAUGUGUUGUAUGUGGCUAGAAUUUUCCACAGAAUUAUGAUAAAAACCAUUGAUAUACUAUAAUUAUUGCAUUUUUAAAUUACGUGAAAACAUUAAGUAACCACUUGUAUUUAUGUAAAGCUUAAUCUAUUUUUUAGGGUUAUAUUAGCAUCUCACUGUUACAAUAUUAUUCAUAUAGGAGUUACUAAUUCUGCAAAUAUGGCAUCGUUACUAAAAACUUUGAAUGGUUUUCAACUUUUUAACAAAUGUAUGAAAACAACAAUAUUGCAAAAAUUUGUUCUUAGCAUUGACAUUGUACCAGUACGCGGUAAAGUGAAUCCACCUCCAAGGAAGCGUCAUCCAGAAUGGCUUCCAAAACCAAUGCGCAUACGCUACGAUGAAUCGCUUACUCCUGAAAACAAAGAAUUUCUCUCAGAAAUUACUGCCUUAAACCAAACACUAAGUUUUAACCACAAAUCACCAUUGAAUAUGGAGGUAAUUGAACCAGUUACAGAAUGGACCCGAUCUUCCAAGCGUACUGGUUUAAUUGGCAAAAAGAUAGGUGUGUAUCCAAUGUGGCUGAAAAAUGGAAAAAAAGUACUAACUAGUUUAAUACAGAUCAUGGACAAUGAAGUUGUGAAAUAUACACAGCCAGAAGAAUAUAAUCCAGUGAUUGGCCCUAAAGCAAGACAAGUCAAAAGGAAAAAUGGUUGCCUUGUAAUAGGCGCAGAGAAUAUUGAUCCACAGCUACUAACUAAGGAGUACUUUGGAAUAUUUAACAUGGCAGGAGUUAGACCAAAGAAAACAUUAAUGAGGUUUAUUGUUUCACCAGAUGCUGCCCUUCAACCAGGUACUCCUUUGUGCGCAGCUCAUUUUAAACCUGGACAAUACCUUGACAUUAGGGGAAAAACGGUAGACCGUGGCUUUCAGGGUGUUAUGAAACGUUGGGGAUUCAAAGGUAUGCCUGCCACUCAUGGUGUAACGAAAACUCAUAGAAGACCAGGUAAUAUAGGUUCAGGAGGUGGUAAAGCUAGAGUAAUGCCUGGAACCAAAUUGCCUGGACAUAUGGGAAAUCAUUGGCGUAUUCUCAGAGGUGUAAAGGUAUUACGAAUAAACACCAAAUAUAAUGUAAUUUGGGUAAUGGCUCAAAAUAUACCGGGAGAAACGAACAACAUGUGCUAUUUGUACGAUACGAUACUUCCAAUGAAAAGAGUAUCUUCGCCGCAUUUUCCUACGUAUUUACCAAACACCAACGAAGAUACACUUCCUGAAAAUAUUUAUGCCGAUGAAGUUCACGUAUUCAAUGAUGCCACGAUCGAAUUCGCAUCUGAAUCAUAAUUGUAACAAGUAAUAAAAAUACCAUGUUUCUUGAAGGAAAUUAAAUCGAUUUUGGAUUAUUAACCGUAUUUUCUGCGUGAUUAAAAGUUCAAGUAAAAAUUGACAGUGAAUGUUGCCAAAUUAACGUUAUAGUUUUAUUGUUCGUCUACUUCCUCUUACAGAAAUGAUCCAUAGUUGCGAAUUAAACUAAUAAAGAGUAGUAGUCAAUCGAUUCAUUUAUUUAGUAAUCGAUAUUAUAAAUUUAACAUGCCUAAAAUAUACACGAAUUGUUUUAUAAAUGUAACAUCGCUAACCAAGACUCAUCUCGAGUUAGAGUGGACAGCAGCAUGAUCAAGCAAUAAAAUGGUUUUUUUACUUCU